UAAAAUCCUCAAUAACAAAAAAAAAAAAAAAAAGUUAAAGGGAGACAUGAAGCAACAACGUUACUUAGUCGUCCUCUUCUUCAUCCUUUUCAGCUUUCUUCUGUUUGUGAAUCUGAGUGAAGGAAGAUCAGGAGGAGGAGUUGCAGAGCAAUACUGGAAGAAGAUGAUGAAGAAUGAACCGUUGCCUGAACCGAUCAAAGAGCUUCUUUACAAUCCUUUUAGGACCGUAGAUGAAAGGUUCAUACAGAGUUUCGACACCAAAUCUGUUGUCAUCAUCUACCACAAUCCUAAUGAAUAGAUUAUCAAAACCUCUCUGAUCUCACUGUCUCACAUCUAUGUGUGCUUUGAGCUCUGUGUCUGUGUAUGUAUCGGUUUAUACAUGCACGUACGUAUGUGUGUGUGUUGUAUUAGGUAAAAUAAUAGCUGCAUGCUUGAGUUGGUAACAGUUAAAACUAAAUAUUUAUUCUGUUUUAGUGCAGAAAUGUUAACCCUAGCUAGUUAUAUGGGCCAGGAUUUUGUUUUCACCAUUAAUGUGAGUGAGUCUUUGUGUGGUGAAAAUUAGAUUUGCUUCACAUUGUUUUGAUAUAUAACUUCAUAUACAUACAGUCCUUUUCUUCUA